AAAUCGUUACACCCGCGUCGUCAGUUGUGAUUUGCAUGUGCAGACGAGCGAAUGUGUGGUGAAAAACCGGUCCACAAACGGAAGGGCUAAGAGUGCUAUUGCUGAAUUGAAGUUAAUUUGUUCGGAAGUGAAGUUAGAAAAAGUUUAUUGUGAUAGAAGUGAACUUUUUUUUUGCUAGUGAAUGUGAUUAGAGGUUUUUAGCAUAGAACGAUAUGCGGAACAGGAAAAGCUGCUUUAGUAUGAUGAUGAGGCCUGACAACUACUGUUGGUCCGUUAGGAGGAGGACUGUGUUCUGUGCGGUGCUGUGCUUUACGUGGCUUAGCAAUGCACACACCAUCGAGGAAAGCGAAACGUCCGGCAGCAAUACCGUGGCCCGCUCGCUCCCCAUCACCUACGACGAGCUACCCUCCCCCUCAGCCGAAACGACAUCCGCCGGCCAGAAACAACAAUCGAAAGCCCUCUACCGGGUCAGCUGUCCCGGGCUGACCGAGUGCGUACCGCUUGCCGAAUGUCCCGAGCUGCUGCUAGAGAUAUCGCGCCAAUGCUAUCGGGGGGAUUUUUCGCUUUCCUGCGGCGUGAACGAGUACGAGCCGCACGUUUGCUGUCCGCGCGUCGUCACCUCGCCCACGUUCAACGAUCAGCGGGCACCGGCGGCCUGUGGGAAGAGCAUCGUGCAGGGCGACUUUUACAACGGGCUCGGGGCGUACCCGUUCGUCGCUCGGAUCGGAUUCAAAAAUACCAAAACCGGGACGUUUAUCUUUCCCUGCUCCGGCUCCAUCAUUGCGCGCCAGAUCGUUCUUACGUCGGCCCACUGUGCCCUGGCCAAGGCGGAAAGUCACCGGCUCUCAUCGGUGCGGGUGGGCGACUACGAUACGCGCACCGAUCCGGAUUGCGGAAGUACCGGAUUCUGUGCACCGGUAGCGAUCAACCACGCCGUCAGCCAGAUCAUUGUCCAUCCGGACUACAUCGAGGGCCAGUACCAUCAUGACAUUGCGCUGCUAAUACUCCGCACGCCCAUCAACUACACCGUCGCUGCACAACCGAUAUGUCUUCAUGCGCGCAAGCAGGACCUGACCGUUGGCCGCCGGGUACAGAUCAUUGGCUGGGGCAAGCUGUCGACCAGUGCCGCCAAAUCGCCGGAACUGCAAAGCCUCGAGGUGCCGCUCACGUCGUGGGACAAGUGCGUACGGGCGUACGCCUCAACCGGUGCGCUACAGUCGCCCCAAUCGAUCGAUGGCGAGUGGAUGUGUGCGGGCGGGGAGGGGCGGGAUGCUUGCCAUGGGUUCGGUGGGGCACCGCUGAUCAUACGGGACCAGGGCCGGUACGCCCAGAUCGGCAUUAUGUCGUUCGGGGCGGAAACGUGCGGCGCACUGAACAUGCCGAGCGUGUACACCUCGAUCGCACACUACGCGCCGUGGAUUGAGGCGAACUCGCCGAAGGUGUUUGUGUGAUGGGAGGGGCGGAGGGGAGAGUUGAAGGAGCUUUUACAUUGUAAAUACUGUCGGUUUUGAAACUGUGUUUGUUUGUUUGUGUUGUGUUAUGUUGGUGUGCACGAGAGAAAUGGAAAAUAAAGAGCAAAUGCGUAUU